AGUGUUAAGCAAAUUAAUUGCUUCUUUUUCUUCUUCUUCUUCUUCUUCUUCUUCUUCUGCUCCUCCACGUAGCAACAUAGCAAGCAUGAACAGGCUAUCUGUUGCCAGAAGAAUUGCGUCGAACAUUCAUGGACUCAGAUCUGUGCACAGGACUUUAUGCAGUAAUACAGGUGUUAAAAUUCCUGGUUUGGUCAGUGAUAAGGAAAAGUUCUCUUUGACCGAGCCUGAGUUAACAGAUGACAUACCCCAAUAUGAUAUUGCUAUUGUUGGAGGUGGUAUGGUCGGGAUGGCUCUAGCAUGCUCCUUAGCAACUAUGCCAUUGACAAAGCAACUAAAUGUUGCCAUCAUUGACAGUAAUCCUGCGUUGGUGAAUAAUUUUCACAUCAAGAAAGAGGACCCUCCAGAUGCACGGGUCAGUACGGUCACACCUGCAACCAUUUCUUUCUUCAGAGAUAUGGGUGCAUGGAAGUUUGUUCAACAUCACCGUCAUGCUUACUUUGAUAAAAUGCAGGUCUGGGAUUAUACUGGUCUCGGCUAUACAAAGUACAAUGCAAGAGAUGUUGAUGCAGAUGUUCUCGGGUGCGUCGUGGAGAAUAAGGUGUUACACAAAUCCCUAUUGUCGUGCAUACAGGAUACAGAUUUUCAGAAGACAAUAUACUCUUCCAGGUUAAGUUCAAUAACCUUCCCCUCAAAGUCUUCAAUGACAAGUUCCAGUGGCACAUCAUCAUCCGCUUGUGGAAGUUCAGCAAGGUUAGAACUGGAUAAUGGGAACAGCAUAUAUGCGAAGUUAGUGGUUGGAGCUGAUGGGUCAAAAUCAUGUGUUAGGGAGCUGGCAAGAAUACAAACAACUGGAUGGAAGUACUCACAGAGCGCAAUCAUCUGUACAGUAGAACAUGCAGAAGAGAACUACUGUGCUUGGCAAAGGUUUCUUCCUAAUGGUCCAAUUGCACUUUUGCCCAUUGGUGAAAAUUUCAGCAAUAUUGUUUGGACAAUGGACCCCAAGGAAUCUGUUGACCGGAAUUCAAUGUCAGAGGAUGACUUUGUAAAAGCAGUGAACCACGCACUGGACAGUGGAUAUGGUCCUCAUCCACAAUCCAAAUUGUUCGAGGGUGGAAAUCUAUUUUCUUGGUUCAAAGCUGACGUCCCAUCAACACAUGAGGGCUUUGAAGUUCCACCGAAAGUUACUAAGCUAGCCUCUCAGAGAUUGGUCUUCCCUUUGUCUUUAAUGCAUGCUAAUAGCUAUGCAUCAAAACGUCUCGUUCUUGUUGGUGAUGCAGCACAUACGGUUCAUCCACUGGCUGGCCAGGGAGUUAAUAUGGGAUUUGCAGAUGCUCUGUCUCUUUGUAAAGUCAUUGCUGAAGGUGUUGCUGUCGGAUCUGACAUUGGAGAGGUGGCUCUUUUAAAGAGAUAUGAAUCAGAGAGGAAAACUGCAAACAUUACAAUGAUGGCAGUCCUAGAUGGUUUUCAGAAGGCAUAUUCUGUUGAUUUCAUGCCAAUAAAUGUUCUAAGGGCUCUUGCAUUCAACGGAGCACAAUAUAUCUCACCGCUUAAGCGGAAGAUCAUUUCAUAUGCUUCAGGCAACCAGUCUCUUCCUUUUUUCACAUGAUGUAACUAUUAGAUUUUGCCUAUGAUAUCUGGUGGGCAUGUCUUAAAACUUUUGUUCUUUUACAUGUAUAAAUAAAUUCAGUAAGGUCUGAACUGUUUUAACAGUGGGUUUAUCUUUUUCUCCCCAUAUUCUUGGGAUUCUGCUGAUUUUGUAUAAUUUUUUUCUCUCGUUUAA